UGAGUGUACCCAACGCGUAUGACGUCACGGUGGUGGUGGGGCAGCGUGCUCUCUGAUUGGCUGGGGUGGAGUCACGAGACUGGGAAGGGAAGAGGAAAGAAACAGAUUGAGUAGCGCUGUGUGAAUCUGCUGUAAAAUGAGUGAGUCUUUAGUUGUGUGUGAGGUGGAUGGAGACCUUGUGAAGAAGCUGAGGGAUUUCCGCUUCAGGAAAGAGACCAGUAACGCUGCCAUCAUCAUGAAGAUUGAUAAAGAUCGACAGCUGGUGGUCUUGGAUGAGGAGUAUGAAGACAUUUCUCCUGAUGAACUGAAGGAUGAACUGCCAGAGAGACAGCCUAGAUUUGUAGUAUACAGUUAUAAAUAUCAACAUGAUGAUGGACGAGUGUCGUAUCCCCUCUGCUUUAUUUUCUCCAGCCCAGUUGGCUGUAAACCAGAGCAGCAGAUGAUGUACGCUGGAAGUAAAAACAAACUGGUUCAGACGGUGGAACUCACCAAGGUGUUUGAGAUCAGAAACACAGAGGAUCUGACAGAGGAGUGGCUAAGGGAGAAACUCGGCUUCUUUCGUUAAAAAAACGUCCAAUCCUAUUUCAGCAAUGAUGAACACAAGGCUUUAUGUCGCCUCAGAGAGGAAACCAUCAUCCAUUUAACACUAACCCGUGUUUGUUUGUGUGUGUUUGUUUGUGUGUUUUUAUAAAGAAUGCUACGCAGAUAACAGAAUCUGACUCUGACCACACUUCCACAUGUCUUACAAACACCUAAAAUUUCAUAAAUCUUUCACAUUUUCAUUUAGUUUUUUAGGAAAAGUUUAAACAUGGCAUUCCACAUGUGAGCAGAGAGUGAUAAACAAACUCCUCACUGAUGUAGGUUAUCGUGUUAGUCACAGUUCUCUCAAUAACAUCACUGACUGAAGACGUGCGUCUGUGUCCCAGUUGCUCAUUACAUGUAAAGAAACCAAACCUGCACACUUACACACUCGUAUCAGUAUUGGAAUCUCCGACGCUGCCAGUGCACUAUGGUAAUACAUGCAGAGAACAUGCACCAUGUGUACUCUAACAGCAGAUAACCAUCAAAUAUAAAUGCUUUAGUUUGGGACACAGCCAAAGAAACCGAACGCAACGAAAAGUGUGUGUGUGUGCGCACGAAAGGGUAUGCGUGCAAGCAUGCAUGUGUGCGCUCUUGGUAAAAAAAAACACUGCAGCUUUCGGCCAAUCAGAAUGCACAAUACUUCACUAAACCAGGGACAUUUAACAUGAGCCAAUAUCUAAGAUGUUAGAGCAAAAUAUUUUUCAAAAUUAGUCAAAAUUGCAGAAAUAAGUACACUAAGAAAAGUGGGAGAUACUUGAGAGCUAGUGACACUAGACAUUGAGGAAGAAAAUAAGGAACAUUUCAGAGCUAGGGAAAGUAAAUCAGCAAGAAUAACGGAAGAAAUGUAAAGGUGUAAAGGUUUAUAUUGUGAGGAAGUGGAUAAGAAAGUGAUUUGUUGUAUACCAUUGGACUAAAAUGCCCCCUCAGUUCCCAAGAGCCCUAGCAUUGUUCCCUUCCUUUUAGUGCCCUUUAUUACAACCUGAGAGAAGAGAUUGAAUCAUGCCCCCUUGUUAUUAAUGUGAGUGAUAGAGUUCCAGAAUUACUGAUUGUAUCCAAUCCUGUGUCACUCUGUGAUGUAAUCUGAUUUACCUUUCCCAGUUUAUCAUGGAUAACACAGACAGGCUACAUGAACACUGGAAGUCUUAUUGACCACAGGCUGCAACUGUAGUGUUUGGGAUGGAGCCAAGAUUUGGUGCACUGUGUUAGUGUAGCGGCUCAGAUUUAUCCAUUACAUUCCAGAUAAAUCACAUGUACUGUUCAUUAUCUCUUGUGAUGCUAAAUGUGAUUACUGAGAUAUGCAGGUCUACAGCAUUAGUAUUUAUAUGGUUAUAGCACAGUUAUAACACUAAUUAAACACCACAUUCCAGCUCAUCUGACUAAACACAGGCAUUUAAAUCAUCUUCGUCUGCCCCCUCUCUCUCUCUCUCUCUCUCUCUCUCUCUCUCACUCACACACAGAGUAUCGUUUCUGUCUGAUCCAGUCAAUAAAAUAUUCUCUUUAUAUAAUAAACCAUACAAUGAUGUCAGUCUUUAAACCUGUGAAUGUGAUUAGAUUCAAAGAAAAUAGUGAUUUGUGUGUUUUUUACCUUUCAGGUGUUUUGGGUUUUAAAUGUUUGUGAUGUUUAGAAUAUUUCAGUCUUUGGCUUGUGAAUAUUUGUACUUUUCCAUGGUUUCUACAAUGUCUUAUGUAUCCACUGUUCCCAAUAAAACUACAGCUCAUGACAAA